AGCAACAUGGGUUUGUGAUUUAUGCACAUCAUGACUCAUGUCAUAAGAAAAUAUCUAACCAAAAUAUAAGUCAACAAAAAGGAAGCAUUAUUUUAUACUUUUCAUAUGGCAGAAAUAGGUUGAGGAAACUGAAAUAAAUAAGGAGAAAACGAUGCAAAUAUAAUUUAUUAAUACAGCCAUUUUUAAAGGAUAGAAGCAGGAAUGUUCUUCAAAACAAACGGAGCGAGGUUAAAAUGCAUUAACACUUGCAUAAGUUAAUAAACGGAUUUAGUGUACCGUUUAUAGCUGUCACGUCCAAAGUGCACUUUAAUUUUUCAAUAUAAAUUCAUGUAUUGAAUAAUUAAAAAUAAUGGGAGAAGUCUCAUAAUUGCAAAUGACCUGAAUCAGAAUGAAGAAUGCAUAUUCGACUAGUUCACAUCACAUACAUUUUAUCACAUGACGCAGUGCUGACGACUGAAAUGUGCGCGUAGUGUCUUAUGGUUUUUGUGUUAUAAUUUUAUUACAUGAAUGAUUAUUAUUUGAAACUUUUAUAGAAAAUUUUUGUGCAUCACAAUGCAUAAGAAUAACAAACAAAAAAUACUGGAGUGUAUGCAUUCAGGUUCACAGUAUAUUAUUUAAUAUAAAGGGUAUAACCUCUCAACAAUGGAUUUACUGUACACUGUAAAUAGAAAAGUGACAUCGAAACCUUUUUUAAAUCAAGAAAGUAAUCCAAUUUUUAGCCUGUAUGAAGGACAAUCUAUAUGCUCGUUAUCUAGUCGAAAUAUAGCAGCAUUUACUACAACCACAGAAUUAGAUGAUAAUAGUGGAAAAACAUGGGGAUCCCAUGUUUAUGUUUGCGAUUUAAAUAUGCCUUGGCAUACUCACAAAUUAUUAUCAAAUAAAGAUACUAUUACUGCAUUAGAAUGGGAUUUGCCAGGUGAUAAAUUAGUUGUUGCUGAUUCCACUGGAACUGUACAAUUAUGGAUGUUUAAAGAUCACGUUCUUAAUGAUUGGGUUUUAAUUGGUUCCACAUAUUUCAUUGGAGAACAGAUAUUAGGUGCAAUAUGGUUUCAUAAUGGGAAAAAGACGGGGCUUGUAACUGAGAAAAAAGAUAGCAUUCAUUAUAGUGAGAAAUUUAAUCACUUAUCUUUUGCUCCUUCUGUAAGACAAUUUGGUGGUAGAGCAGCUGAAGGAGUAUUAGUAGUAUCAACAACAGGCAUGGUUGGCGCAGUUAUGAUUACAAGAGAUUUUCAAAACCCUAUUCGUUCUUCAGCAGAAAGUUUAGGCACUACAAGGCAUAGGAUAACUGCAGUGGACUUAUGUUAUGGAAAAAAUGGAUAUAUUUUAGUAGCUGUAAGCAGUGGAAAUAUUUGUUUACCAAUUAGAUGUUAUAGGGUAUUAGUUCGUAAAAACGACGAUAAAUGUUCUAUUACAUCACAAGCUUUGCCAAGCUUUUUUCUACAAGAUGGAGCACCCAAAGACAAUACAUAUACAAGUGUGACACACUUGAAAUUCGUAGUUCGGGAAGAUGCAGAUUCCUUAGUUAUUGCUGUUAAUAGUGAUAGUGGAGGUAUUGUAGAAGUAUGGGAAUUGAGAGAAAAAUCACAACCAGUUCAUAAGUUAUUUCAGCCAAAUACAUUAGAACCAUUUAAAACUGUAGUGGUAUGGCAACAUCAAUCACAGUAUCGUUGUCAAUCUCCAAUAACAGCGAUAGCAACUACAAAAUUAUCAAUUGUUACCACAUUACCACCACCAAGUUACGUUGUAGUGGCUUUGGCAGAUUCAUCGGUGCAUUGUUUAAGCCGUGAUUGUUUGAAAGAAAUAUCUCUUUCAUCUUUAAAUAUUGCUUGGCGACCUGAUGAACCGAAUAAUAAAUAUUUCAAAAGUACAAUUUCUAUAGCAAGCAUAGAUUUAUCAUGGCUGGGUUGUGUUCUGUUGGCUUGUGAUACACGGGGAAAUUUAUAUUUAUAUAAACUCCUCCCUGAUGGAGGACCAUCGAUAACAUUAUCUUAUGCUUGUACACUCUUAGAAUACUGUUUAGUAACUGGAUUAGAUUGGUUAGAUAUACUUUUAUGUUUAAGAUCUUCUAUGAUUGAACCAUUAUGUGAAAGAUUGGAUGUAUCUUUCAAUAGACAAUUACAGCCCAUACAGCAGUAUCAUUAUAUUCAAUUCCUUUGUAUCAAGACGUCAUUAUAUAGAAUGUUAGUGUCAGGACAAAGUAAAGCCGCGGAUUUAUCAUCGUUACUUAUGAUACAUUCAGUAGCAACAGCUUUUAAAUCAUUAUUACGACCGUCUGAUUUAAUUUCUCACGAUAAGGGACCAGCAGAGAGUUUAGCAGCAGUUAUUAAUGAUGCAAUUACUGAUGUAGAUAAGGUACUUUUACAUCUUGAUCCCAAAGAAUUUACCGUAGAGCCAAGUACGCUUCAAUCGUUACAACAAUUAAUUCAGUGGGUAGCAGAUUUAGCAUUGAAUCUUUUGGCGCGUCUUCCAGACCAACGGCUGUUAAUGAAAUCCGGUGGUUAUGAGCUUCUGAAGGAUCAUAAAGCUUUAAAUACAUUGAGAGAAUUACUAGUAAUUAUACGUAUAUGGGGUUUACUACGUCCUUCGUGUCUACCAGUUUUCCUUCGUAGCGCCGAUAAUCUUGAUGUAUUGGCCUUACUGUUUCGUUUAUUAUCAAAAUUAGUCCAACCAAAUGGGGAUACUCAAACUCAGCAAAUAGACGACGGAUUAAUAGAUGAUUGUUGCCUGCUACCGAAUCAGAUCAUGAUACCUCAAUUGCAUCAGGGUAAUAGCAUAACAGCUAUAGCUACCCCUAUUCUUUUUUAUCAAAGUUUUCCCUUGCAGCUGGAAUAUGGUGUAGAAUCUGAACAGUUAUUAUUUGUACCUGAACUUAAUUCAGUUGAAGGUUGUAUGCAUAGUGGACAAAUUGUAGAUGAUAUUAGGCAUUUAUACCUUGGAAAACAACCACUUCUUGUCAAACAAUGCACAAGAUGUGGUGGAAAAGCCCAAGUUCAAAAUAUGACAAGAACAGCUGCGAUUAGAGCAUGGGAUCAAAGAUGGGCAAGAGCUUGUCGUUGCGGUGGUAUUUGGCGAAUUCAUAAAACCUGUCCAUAAGUAUAAUGAACUGGAAGUAGUGUAUUGAUAAAUUUUAUAUAAAGUGAUUAUACUUACAAUUUUGUAUAUUACGUACGUGACCAAUGAUAUUAAAAACUUU